AUGACGUCAACGAACUACCAACUCCAGGAAGUUGGAAGUUCCUUUUGGUUUUGGGACGACAUUUAGCACAUCGUACUUAAAUACGGAUUUAAUCGCACGAAUUUUGAACGAGAAACUGAGCGGCGUGAGAAAAUAUUAUUGUUUUUGUAUUCUGUAUUUAAGGAAGCUGCCUUUUUAGAUAAACUUUGAACUACUCUAAAACAGGAGGACAAGCAAGACGUGAAGUCGCAACACAUCACUAACUAAACAUGUUAGCUUCCAGUCUAUUGGCUAAUUACUGUACCGAACUCCACGAUGAUCAAGUGCAUAAAGUGGACAAAUACCUGCACCACUUUCAGCUGUCAGAUGAGACUUUGAUGGACGUGUCAAUAAAAUUUCGACGAGAGAUGGACAAAGGCCUGUGCAGAGAUACCAACCCCACAGCCGCUGUCAAGAUGCUGCCCACAUUUGUGCGCUCCACUCCUGAUGGAACAGAGCAAGGUGAAUUCCUGGCCCUUGACCUUGGGGGUUCCAACUUCAGAGUGCUCCUGGUCAAAGUAAUGGCUGAUGGUGAGCAAAAGGUGGAAAUGGAAGAUCAGAUUUAUCCCAUUCCCGAACACCUCAUGAGAGGCAGUGGGACUGAGUUAUUUGACCAUAUCGCUGAUUGUCUGGCUAAUUUCCUGGAGAAGUUGGGUAUAAAGGAUAAAAAGCUCCCCCUGGGUUUCACCUUCUCUUUUCCCUGUCAACAGACCAAGCUGGAUGAGAGUGUUUUGGUAUCUUGGACAAAAGGCUUCAGGGCAAGUGGAGUAGAAGGAAAGGAUGUAGUCAGCCUUCUGAGGAAAUCUAUCAAAAAACGAGGGGACUUUGACGCUGCCAUUAUGGCUGUGAUCAAUGACACGGUGGGAACCAUGAUGACCUGUGGCUAUGAUGAUCAUAACUGUGAAAUUGGCCUCAUUGUGGGAACUGGAACCAAUGUCUGCUACAUGGAGCAGAUGAGGAACAUUGAGCUGCUAGAUGGUGACGAGGGACGGAUGUGUGUCAAUACGGAGUGGGGUGCUUUUGGAGACGAUGGUGCCCUGGAAGGCCUCCGCACUGACAUUGACCGGGAAAUAGAUGCAGGAUCUCUGAACCCUGGAAAACAGCUGUUUGAGAAGAUGAUCAGCGGCAUGUACAUGGGGGAGCUGGUGCGUCUUAUCCUGGUGAAGAUGAGCAAGGAGAAGCUGCUGUUCCAGGGCAAAACUUCAGCAGAGCUACUCACCAGUGGAAGCUUCAGUACCAGCUACAUCUACACCAUUGAUAAUGAGAAUGAGGAGGAAGGUCUGGCAAGUGCUGAAAAGGUUCUUCAGAGCCUGAGUCUGGACCCAUCUGUCGAGGACUGCAUAGCCGCUCAGAGAGUGUGUCAGAUAAUAUCUACACGGGCUGCACACUUGUGCGCCUCUGCUCUAGUGGCAGUGCUGCGGCAGAUCCGGGAUAACAAAGCAGCUGAGAAGCUGCGUACCACUAUUGGAGUGGACGGCUCUGUUUACAAGAAUCAUCCAGAGUUUUCCAGGAGGCUUCACAAGAUGGUACGACGGCUUGUGCCAGACUGUGAUGUCCGUUAUUUGCAGUCACAGUGUGGCAGUGGGAAAGGUGCAGCCAUGGUAACAGCAGUAGCAUACCGUCUUGCCGCUCAGCAUGCUGAGCGUCAGCGCAUCCUUGACACCCUGCGUUUGAGCCGUGAACAGCUGCUGGAGGUGAUGAAGCGAAUGAGUGAGGAGAUGGUGCGAGGUUUAUCAAAGCAAACCCAUGAGCAAGCGAGCAUCAAGAUGCUUCCCACCUAUGUCAGAUCCACACCAGAUGGAACAGAAUUUGUGUCUUCAUCUUUCUCAUUAGAGCAUGGUGACUUCUUAGCUUUGGACCUUGGGGGCUCCACCUUUCGUGUGCUUCUGGUAAAAGUGCAAAGUGGAAAGAGAUGCAAUGUGAAAAUGCACCAAAAGAUCUACACUGUUCCUCAGGAGACCAUGCAGGGCACAGGGGAAGAGCUUUUCGACCACAUUGUGUCCUGCAUCGCAGACUUUCUGGAAUACAUGGGCAUGAGAGGAGCAUCCUUACCUCUGGGAUUUACAUUCUCCUUCCCCUGUCAUCAAAGCAAACUGGAUGAGGGCAUUCUUCUGAAGUGGACAAAGGGUUUUAAAGCCAGCGGCUGUGAGGGCCAAGAUGUUAUUAGGUUACUUAAAGAUGCUGUUCGCCGCAGACAGGAAUUUGAGUUGAACUUUGUAGCGGUGGUUAAUGACACAGUGGGAACCAUGAUGACCUGCGGCUAUGAGGACCCCAAAUGUGAGGUGGGACUCAUCGUAGGCACAGGGACCAAUACCUGCUACAUGGAGGAGAUGCAGAACAUCGAACUGGUGGAGGGUGCUGACGGUCGUAUGUGUGUUAACGUAGAGUGGGGAGCAUUUGGUGACAAUGGUGAACUUGAUGACUUCUGCACCCAGUUCGAUCACAUUGUCGAUGAUUGCUCUAACUACCCUGGCAAACAGAGGUAUGAGAAGAUGAUCAGUGGCAUGUACCUGGGGGAGAUAGUAAGGAAUGUGCUGAUUGAUUUCACUGCAAAGGGCCUGCUCUUCAGAGGCAAACUGUCCGAGCGACUCAAAACCCGCGGCAUCUUUGAGACAAAGUUCCUGUCACAGAUCGAAAGUGACCGUCUGGCCAUGCGUCAGGUCCGCUCAAUUCUGCAGCACCUGGGCCUCACCAGUUCCACGUGUGAUGACAGCGUCCUGGUGAAGGAGGUCUGUAGUGUGGUUUCCCGCCGUGCAGCUCAGCUCUGCGGUGCCGGUUUAGCCGCUGUGGUUGAGAAGAUGCGACAGAACCGCAACCUCAACCAGUUUUCCAUCACCGUGGGAGUGGACGGCACCCUUUAUAAGACACACCCACAUUUCUCCAGCAUCAUGCAAGAGACCUUGCAGGACUUGGCACCACAGUGUCAUGUGACUUUCAAGAAGUCAGAGGAUGGAAGUGGGAAGGGAGCAGCACUGAUCACAGCUGUGGCCUACAGGACUGAUGGGAGGCGCUGAAUCUUCAAAACAGUGGUGGACAGUUAGAAGCAGAGUUACUACGACUGAACCAGGUCACCAGCAUGAAAUCAUACAGUUUGGGUCAUUAGUACUGGAAUGUUUAAUCUGAUUUAUGUUGUGUAUGUGGGUUCACAUGCACAUGAUUUUGAAUGUGAGUUUUUGCUUUGUGUUUUGACGAGAUGUACAUUUUUAUGCUGAGAGCUCACAUUGUUGGGGACAGUGGUAAAUUAAAUUCAGAAAUUACUUACCUCUUUAGAAGAGUCGCACCUUCUGUGAAAUAUGACUGUUACGUGUUGUGGGGCUUGUUUCACAUUUUACACUCCCUUUUUUUCUUAGCAUGGUCAAACUCCAGGUUUUAUCCCAGCUGAUGAAUUAUUUUUGUAAUGACACCUGUGAUCUGUGUUGACUCUAAAUAUUUAUGGAAGUUAAGUUUAGUAAAGGUUAUUUAUGCUGCACCUUUCAAGAUCAGACUUCCCAAAGUGCCUCACAAUAACAAUCAAAUGAAAAGCAAGACAUAAAAUAACAGAAGCUGGAAGGAAACUGUGGGGUGUUGGGUACACCAAAGCCAGGAAUGAUUCUGCUAAAAAUAAAAAAUCAGAACUUCCGAAUGACCUGAGCAACAAAAUGAAACACGUCUGCGUGAUUUUUACAUGCAAAAUACUUUGUUCUAUAGCGCUUUUCUAAGUUGGGCUUGAACACUCAUUAAACCAGAAUAAAACUGAUCACAGAAUUUAUCAUUUCACAUUAAUUUUAAGAAUGAUCAAACUCAAUCCAAUCAGAGGAGGAAGUUAAUUAAAAGCACAGUGGUCAGAAAGCCAAGGGGUAAGGAACAGUAGCACUUAUGGGGUUUGGAGGUUGAGGAUGGUUUAGUUGCAGUUGUUAUAGACUUGUUUAUUGUGUUUUUUUCUUUGUUGUAUUUCAUUUGGAUACCACAUUAUACAAUGCUCCUUAUAAAGCAUAUAUUUAUAGAACCAAAGAAUUCUUUAUCCAACAGCAGUCUUGUGUCUUGUCCUUAAAACCUCACAGUGCUGACAUCGACAAAGUUAUUAAACUUGAGCUGUCACAAUAA